CACCCACCCUCUCUCCCGCUCACUCUCAGAGUGUAGCCGCUGUCUUACAGCUCCAUUCUCAGAAACAUCGAAAACUCCACUCAUUUCAUUUGCCCACACAGCCACACUUUGCUGGUACAAUAUCGUAACUGACCAGCAUUUCUAAAUUCCCGAUUAUUUGACUCUUCCAGCAACGGAGAGCAGCACGGGAGAAACCCGGUUGUCACAGUUUGAAUAAUCAGACGAAAAUGGGUGGAAAGUCGCCGUUUGCGCACUGAAGUUAGUCUUUCCCUGUGGAAGUGAAAGAGGUGGCGUGAGUACCACGAGCUCACUCGCUCUUUGGAAGAGCUCUAGACUUGAACCUUAGAAGAGCAAGCUUAAGGCGACAGUGGCAAGGAAAGACUCCCUCUUGAGCAGCUCUUGUGCAGAUCCCAGCUCAGAGGGGAGACCCAUCUGCUUGAAGCCCUCCUCUGCAGCUGAUGAAAACAUUGAAGAGAGUGGGCCGGUCCUUGAGGUUGCUUAAGAUGAGUAUAACAAGCGAUGAAGUCAACUUUUUGGUCUACAGAUAUUUACAGGAAUCGGGUUUCUCCCACUCAGCGUUCACCUUUGGCAUCGAGAGCCACAUCAGCCAGUCCAACAUCAAUGGAACACUAGUGCCUCCUGCUGCCCUCAUCUCCAUCCUGCAGAAAGGCCUCCAGUAUGUGGAGGCGGAGAUCAGCAUCAACGAGGAUGGCACCGUCUUUGACGGGCGGCCGAUUGAGUCGCUGUCGCUCAUUGACGCGGUGAUGCCGGACGCGGUGCAGACACGGCAGCAGGCCUUCAGGGAGAAGCUGGAGGCCCAGCAGCAUCACCACCAGCAGCACCAACAGCACCAACAACACCAACAACAGCAGCAGCAACACCAACAACAGCAGCAGCAGCAGCAGCAGCAGCAGCAGGCGGCCGGACCCGUAGCAAUGACCAGCGGCAGCAGCCAGCAGAAACCGCCAGAAAACGGAGAGACUGUCAAUGGUGAUGAGAACGGCACCCACAACUUGAAUAACCACUUGGAGCCCAUGGACAUCGACGGGGAAGUGGAGAUCCCCGCCAACAAGGCCACCGUGCUGAGGGGCCACGAGUCGGAGGUGUUCAUCUGUGCCUGGAACCCCGUUAGCGACCUGCUAGCCUCUGGGUCGGGAGACUCCACGGCGAGGAUAUGGAACCUGAAUGAGAACAACAACAGCAGCUCCACACAACUGGUGCUCAGGCACUGCAUCCGAGAGGGAGGCCAAGACGUCCCCAGCAAUAAGGACGUCACCUCUCUGGACUGGAAUAGCGAUGGAACUCUGCUAGCAACUGGAUCCUAUGAUGGAUUUGCAAGAAUCUGGAGAAACGAUGGAAACCUGGCCAGCACCCUGGGGCAGCACAAAGGGCCCAUUUUUGCACUGAAAUGGAACAAGAAGGGGAACUGCAUCCUCAGUGCUGGAGUCGAUAAGACGACAAUCAUCUGGGACGCUCACACGGGCGAGGCUAAGCAACAGUUCCCUUUCCACUCAGCACCAGCACUGGAUGUGGACUGGCAGAAUAACACCACAUUUGCAUCGUGCAGCACAGACAUGUGCAUCCAUGUGUGCCGCCUGGGCAGUGAUCGGCCCCUGAAGACCUUCCAGGGACACACGAAUGAAGUGAAUGCCAUUAAAUGGGACCCAUCAGGGAUGCUGCUUGCCUCCUGCUCUGAUGACAUGACUUUGAAGAUCUGGAGUAUGAAGCAGGACUCCUGUGUUCACGACCUCCAAGCUCACAGCAAGGAGAUCUACACCAUCAAAUGGAGCCCCACAGGACCCGGCACGGGCAGCCCCAACUCCAACAUCAUGUUGGCCAGUGCGUCGUUUGACUCUACUGUGCGUCUGUGGGAUGUAGAGAGGGGGGCCUGCAUUCACACCCUCACCAAACACCAGGAGCCUGUCUACAGCGUGGCCUUCAGCCCAGAUGGGAAUUACUUGGCCAGCGGCUCCUUUGACAAAUGUGUCCAUAUUUGGAACACCACGAGCGGAGCGCUGGUGCACAGCUACAGGGGGACAGGAGGCAUUUUUGAAGUUUGCUGGAACAGCACAGGAGACAAAGUUGGAGCAAGUGCUUCAGAUGGCUCAGUGUGUGUUCUUGAUCUUCGAAAGUAGACCCACGAGUGGACAAGAUGACACUGAACAUCUGCGGCACAACGCCUCUCUGAGCGGAGGAUUUGAUUGGCUGACUUGAGGGUCUGGUUGGGCAGAGGCAGGAGAACCAGUAGGACUAAAGGGGCAGUGGCAGAUGAGGAAAGAACAUUUGAAGAAUAUGAGAGAAACGAAUGCCUGUAUCCUACAAAAAAACACAAAGAAAUGGCGUGGCUGCCCCAGAAGAUGUAACGGCAAGUGGUUUCAUCCCCCAAAGCCUCUCUACCAGACGCUCCACCGUCAGCCAAGACCCACUUCUGCCCCCGAUGGGAGGGAGUGGCGAAGCCCUGCUCAGAGGACACUUGCUACUGGGCUGGAUCUAAUCCACUGUCUAGCUGAAUCAGAGCGGGAAAAGCUUCAAGAGAAAAGAUCCAGCUCUGGACCGGGAUACUGGGACUGCUGUCAGAAUGAUCAUCAAGGGGAUUAGAGUUAAGAGAGCGAUGAGAUGAGCCGGCGCUGGCCAGUGCUUUACUGUGCUGGGGCUGGAGAGAUGGCAGAGGAGAAGGAGAAGGAGAUAUCUCUGGCAGUACAUCUAAGUGUGCACUAUUCUGACUGUCUUUAAGAGCUGGAGGGGUAGCGUCAGCACUGGCCUUCUCACACAAAUGUUCUAGUUUUCCUUCUCUUGUUGAAAAGCGUUCUUCCUCUCGGAGUGGGGUGUGCCUGGCAGAAUACUACUCUGUGAAUUUACAGGAUUUGUGUUUUGGAGGUCAGGGAAAAGAAAUCUCUAUGUUAAGAAUGUGCUGUAUUCAGUUCUGACAGUAUCUUUGAAGAGUUUAAACUGCUGAGGCUAAAGUUUUUUUUAUCAACAUGUUUUACUCCCUUGAAUAAGACCUCCAUGGGCAUCUGAGGACAGCCAGGAGAGGGGGGGGUUCAUAAAUGUACAUUAUCCCCUCUGGAUGUAAAUGUAAUGAAUGUUAACAUAUGUAUAAUAGAGAAGUACACAGAUUUAUAUACUGUGUAUAUAUGCUUAUGUACAGUUCACUCAAAUGUUCUGCUCCAGAAGCUCAUUGCUUUGUUUACCUCUCUUGGGUUCUUGCUUUGCUAACAUUCGUCUGAAGCAUGUUUAACAUGCCAUUCCUUUCAGUUCAGUUCCAUACCAGACACAUUCUCCUAUGAUCACAUCACCUGAGUGUGUGUGUGUGGGGGGAUAGCAGUCAGUCAGUCAGACAGUCAGACCUGAGGUAUCUGAUGUGGUGUCUGCAUAUGGGACCCCCGUCUCACUAAGGCCUGCAGGGACCUCCACCCCCACUCUGGUGUCGCUUUUUGGGUUUCUCCCCCCCCCCUCUCCUGAGCUCUAUACAGCUGGCUCUGGUCUUGGCAUCUUAAAGUACUUGCAUAUGCUGAGGGUGAGGAUGUCACAGUUUGGUAGGUAGUAACCCUGGGGAGCUUCGUGCAUCUUUAAAUCAGAUAAAGGCACCAGGAAAGUGAUUUUUUUUUUUUUUUUUUUAUAAUGGGGGGGGGGGGGGGCAUGGUCCCGAUGCUGCCUCGUCAGCGAGGUGCAGAGCAACAGCCUGGUGAGAGCCGUGCCCCGCUGCUGAGGCCUGCGCUCUGAGCCCCUCCAUCUGUGCCCGUCCCUCUGCCACACGCCACACGCCACACGCCACACGCCACACGCCACACGCACUGGACAGUCUGGCCUGGCCCAUAAACAGCCUCUGAGCAGUCAAGCAAAAGUCCUGCUGUAGCUGUGAUUGGUUAGUCUUGGUCAUUUGACCAUGGUCACUGAGAGCUGUGAUUGGUUAGUCUUGGUCAUUUGACCAUGGUCACUGAGAGCUGUGAUUGGUUAGUCUUGGUCAUUUGACCAUGGCCACUGAGAGCUGUGAUUGGUUAGUCUUGGUCAUUUGGCCACGGUCACUGAGAGCUAUGAUGGGUUCCUUCUCCCAACACACAGAAAUGAAAAGGAGGGUGAAAGAACAGCCGCUGUGACCAGAGUUGACCUUGCUUAAAUGCAUGCAGUGAGGAGUCUAGCUUUAAUUUUGUUUGUCUGUAUUUGAUUCUGAUUUUUGGACAACGGAGGAUGCUGUAUCUUUUGACUUAAGAAGCCACAUUUUUCACAUACUUUUUUUUUUUUUUUGGGUCCCUCUUUUUGGUUCAGUGCAGUUUAUUAAGAAGAAAUGUGAAGUGCACUUUCUCAGACAGAAGGGUCAGGUUUUCAUUUUUCCAACAAAAGAGGAAAACCAUUGUUUUAUGGCAUUUUCUUUUUCACAACAUACCAACAUUGGUUGAUGGUUCACUGUUUCUGAUUUCAUUCCUCGCCGAGAGCUGUUAUUGUCUGUGUCAGACUGAGAAUGGAAUUGUGGUUGGUUGCCAACUGGGCAUGCUGAGAGACCUGGAGCUACACAAGUGCUGUGAGGGCUAUACUUCACCCCAGUCUUGGGGAGGGGCAUCUGUUUCCAAGAUGAAAAUGAAGUCACAUUCAAUGUCUGAAAUAAAUCACUCUAUUUUGAUAUUAGAA